AUCCUACAAUCUGCCUUCCCAACCUAUCUCUUUCAAACUUUUCCUCCUCCUCAUUUUCCUCACAAUAAUGGCAGCCAUGCCCAAUUUCCUCAACCGUCUCAUCCGGCCCUUCACAUCCUCCUCCUCGCUCUCUGUCACCCCCGCCGCAUCACAAGUAUCCGUUCCUGAAACCGCGCAAAAAUGUACCAUUGCCGCAGGUUGUUUCUGGGGCGUCGAACACAUGUAUCGCAAAGAAUUUAGCGGAAAAGGCUUGUACGACGCGCGCGUUGGAUAUAUCGGAGGCGAUACCGAGAAUCCUAGUUACAGAGCCGUGUGUUCCGGUUCUACUGGACACGCAGAAGCCCUUCAAAUCCACUACGAUCCUGCACAAAUCACUUACCGCCAGUUAAUAACCUAUUUCUACCGCAUGCACGAUCCCACAACUUCAAAUCAACAAGGUCCAGACAGGGGCUCUCAAUAUCGAUCUGGAAUCUUCUACCACAAUGAAGAACAAGAGAAAGAAGCGCGGGAAAUUACUAAGCAAGUUAAUGAGAAAUGGUGGAAGGGAGGUGUGGUCACAGAAAUUCUGAAGGCGGGAGAGUGGUGGGAUGCGGAGGCGUAUCAUCAGAAGUAUCUGGAUAAUAAUCCAGGUGGCUAUGAAUGUCCAAGUCAUUUUGCGAGGAAGUUCCCGCCGUUGGAGGACUAGUUUGUGAUGGAGGGAAGCGGAGGGGAUUCAACAUGAUAGAUGGUGGAAAGAUUGAUUGUUUGCGAGAGGAAUGCGAAUUGAGUGUAUUAUACUGAAAGAUUUUAAUUUUGCAACACAUACAUACUACUUCGUCAUCGCAG